GGACGCCUUCGCUGUACGCAAAUCCAUCGGCAGCCGUGUGGGCAUUUGAUGAGGAAGACGAGUUACCCAGCCAAGGAUUGACUGAAGCAAGCAAGUUCCCUGUCGGGCUUGAAUCCGCCGGCGAUGGCGAUGGCGAUGGCGAUGGCCGCCCUUGCAGAAACCGGGCGAGGUGGAGAUGGUGAUAGCGAGCGGGAAGAAGAUGACCAGUCCCGACAUCGAGGGAAGGCACUGCAAGAAGCUUCUGUCUCGGAUGAAGACGAAGGAGGGGAGUAUGCUGAGGUGGAGGAUGGGAGUUCAGAUCGUGUGAUCGACAAAGACAAUGAGGAUGUCGAUGAUAAUGACGACGAUGAUGAUGAUGAUGAUGAUGACGAGGAGGAGGAGGAGGAGGAGGAGAAGGAAAGCGGGGGAAGUGAACAAGACGAAGAGGAAGACGAAGAGGAAGAGGGAGAGGAAGAUGAGAAUCUCGCGGACAUUGUUGCGCAAUCCAUCGCUUCACGACUGCGGGGAAUGAACAGUGAGACGUCAACGGUGCUGGCGAUGGAAGAAGACAAGCGUAGGAGAGAGAUCGGAGUGUCUCUUCUGACAUCCAACGGCUCGGAUGCAUUUGGCAAGAAGAAUGAAGGCAAGAACGCCAUGCUUCGUUGGUUUCCAGACACAGGAAUUGCACUGCCGGGGAUGGAAGGAGAGGGGGAGGGGGAAAAGAAUGAGAAGAAUGCUCCUCAACGGCUUGCAGUGAUUGAUAGACGACCAGGAGGUGGAGGGGAGGAGAUAGAAGGGAUCGAGAAGAAGAAGACAGACAGCAAGAGAGCAGUACGAGUCCACCAGAGCGCGAUGAUUGCCCGUACUGCUCUUGAGGAAGCCAUGGCGGCUAGUUCGAUAGACGUUCGGCUGGAUUCCGCGCUGGAAAAGAGGUUUACAGUGCCCCCGCCUGACCCUAAGAAGGAAAGGAGAACGGCGAUGAAGUCGGCCCCGAAGACGGCAGGCUCCAAGUGGUUCGACCUACCUGCCCCUCAGUUGACCCCUGAACUCAGGCGGGAACUGCAGUUAAUUAGAUUGCGCGCCGUCAUCGAUCCCAAACGCCAUUACAAAACGACGAACGAUAAACGAGAGCCCUAUCCGACUUAUUUCCAAAUCGGGAAGGUGAUAGAGGGACCUACCGAGUUCUACUCAAGCCGAUUGACGAAGAAACAGCGGAAGCAGACGAUGGCAGAGGAGAUUCUUGCGGACGAGGCAGUGACAGCUUAUCGCAAACGGAAGUUCCAAGAGCUGCAGAAAACGAAAAUGGCGGGAGGAAGUGAUCAAUACAAGGCCAAGUUCAUGAAGAGGAAGAAGCCCUGGGCCCGUCACUGAGCGCUUUUGGUGUUUUUUUUUUUUUUUUUUUUUUUUUUUUUUUUUUUUUUUUUUUUUUUUUUUUUUUUUUUUUUUUUUUUUUUUUUUUUGUUUGUUUAUAGAACGAGACCAGACUUGUCAACCGUUUCGAUUUUCUCGGGACACG